UUACUAUAUUUCAGUGAAUAGCAAUGAUUGCAGUGUAAAUGCAUGCUUCAUGCGCAAUAUGCUUGUGCGCAUACAUCUAGUGAAUUUUAGCCCAUUCUUUAAUUAUUAAUUAUUAAUUAAACUAAGCAUUCCUAAAUUAUGAGAAUCAUUUCCCAAACGUUCCCAAAUCAUUCCCAAACGAUUCUAUAUCUCAGUUUUUUAUUUUUCAUAAUCCUGCCAACCAAGUAUAUGGAGCCCCGUAAGUGAGACGGAACUGAGCCGAGACGACCAUCGAACACAGCUAAUCACAGCUAAUGUCUUAAUUCAUUUUUCUACACUCACGUCAACUAUGUUUAACAACAGUCGAGACAAUAGUUUUUCAAUUACGAUUUAACAACAAGUUACCAAUGAGUCAACGACAAUGUUUUAAUCCUUCUAUAUCUCACCCCCUCUUUUCUGAAACACCGUCAGAUAUUACUUCGAAAGUGUUUAUUUAUCUAUUUCUGUACCAAUUAUUGAGUAAUUUAGUUUUUAAAAUGCGAAUUUAUAAAUGCUACUUUAUGAAUAAUUUCAAACUAUUCUUUGUAAUGAUUUUACAUUAACAAUUUACAUAGCACUGUGAUUUUUUUUCAAAAUCAGAUACAAAUCAUAAGAAACAUGAAAAGUAGAUAUCGAGAAAUGUGUAAAUUCUGCUACUGUUUACUCCUAGUGAUUGUUAUAAAAGUACAUCUCUCAUUUGGACAACGACCUCAGCUUGGUGGCACGGUGAAUGUUUUUAGCCGAUAUGGCUAUCUGAGCAUAAGUAUGAGAGUCGUGCCAAGAAAUGAUUCCGACACUUGGGUAUUUCGUGAACCAACGCUCGAAGUGUUUCUCGAUUCAAUUGCUGCAACACCACGGCCAAGCAGAAAAAACAAAACAGUAUUUGACGGUGAUUUCCACAUGGAAUUUUGUGAUAAUAUUAGACAACUUUUGCAAGCAUACUUCCGAGACUUUACGUUUGAAAGAUUAGAAAGACCUUGGAAAGCAUUUACCGGAAGUUGGACCAAAGCAGCUAUUUCGAAACAUCUCGGUAUUAAUUCAUCUUACAUUACUGGUGAGCAUUGUUACGUACUUGUUAGAGUCGCCAGAUUCAGAGAUGAUAAACAAUUGGCUGGGACACCUGACACGCUUAUUUUGGAUGAUAUUGUCACGAAAGAAGCCGAUAAUGUCACUAUUGGAGAUACUCCUAGUGUUAUUAGGUUUAUUAAAAACUUUGGCUCACACUACAUAUCUUCAUUUGUUACUGGAAAUUCUUUGUACCAGGUUUUUGUUUAUACACCAGAUGUUUAUAAGCGAAUAAAAGAGCGAUUUAAGACCCGUGGUCUUAAAAAUUUAACUAGUCUAGAAUUGAGUAAUUAUUUUUCGCCAUGGUAUGCAGAACAUAUGGGAAAAAUUCAGACAGCUAGUGGAAAUCGAUCGGUUGAAACGUGGGCGUCAAAACGACUUCGAAUUCAAUACUAUAUUUUUACAUACGCGAGCCUAUUAAAAUUGCAUGGUGAUGCAACACUGCUACGUGAACUUGAUGGCCUUCUAGGUGAUGAGGCAUUACUUCAACUACAACUGCGGACACUCGCGCCAUUUUUUAAGAAUUCAAAGCGUCGUGAUUGGUUUCUUGAAGUCAUCGAUAACUACUUUAGACUUUGGGAGGUCAAUAUGUGAUAC